AUGUCCGACUCGCUUUCUGACGCUGAGUACGUUUACUUUCUGCAAACAGGAUAUGGAGCGCUCGCCGUGUUCGCUAUCGUGGUUUAUGACUACACCCUCACUCUGAGUCGCGAGGUGGAUCUGAUAUGGAAACGACGCUGGACCCUUGUAACGUGGCUCUACGCCAUCUCGCGCUACUAUGCUAUGAUCCUAUCUCUGUUUAUCACAAUUCUUUCCGUUCAUACACCACCAAUGUCCUUGAUGACGUGGGUCUUGCUCGUCUUCUAA